UAGUAACAUUUCUAUUAUUAUAUUAUUACUUAAACUCCAAAAGGGUCCCCCAUUCAAUCAUGCGCACACACACACUUGUGUAUAUAGCCUUCUCUUCAUGGCUAUAUAUAUGUGUGUGUAUGCAUGAGGUCUGUCGUCAUUCAUCAACUCUCCCUUCUUUUCUUUGAUUUUCACAGGAUUCUUGAAUAAAGCCGUUUGGUGGUUUGUGUUUUGUGUGUGUGAUUUCAAGGUGUUUUGGUGUGUGUGGAGAUUUGAGACAAGAAGAUUUGAUGGUAAUAUUUGCGAGGAAGGAAAAGGAGGGAAUGAGAGUGGGGAAUAAGUAUGAGUUAGGAAGGACACUUGGUGAGGGUAAUUUUGGAAAGGUGAAAUUUGCUAGGAAUCUUGAUUCUGGCCACCCUUUUGCUGUUAAAAUCUUGGAGAAACAGAGAAUCAUUGAUCUCAAGAUCACAGAUCAGAUUAAGAGGGAGAUUGGAACAUUGAAGCUCCUUAAACACCCUAAUGUGGUUCGUCUACACGAGGUCAUAGCAAGCAAAACCAAGAUCUACAUGGUCCUUGAAUACGUGAAUGGUGGUGAAUUGUUUGAAAAAAUUUCUUCUAAAGGGAAACUCUCAGAGGCUGUUGGCAGAAGGCUAUUUCAACAGUUAAUAGACGCGGUUAGCUAUUGUCAUGAUAAAGGCAUUUUUCACAGGGAUCUUAAGCUUGAGAACGUACUUGUUGAUGCAGUAGGAAAUAUAAAGGUUUCCGAUUUUGGCCUGAGUGCACUACCCCAGCAUCUACAGGAUGACGGAUUAUUGCAUACAACCUGUGGCAGUCCCAACUAUGUUGCUCCUGAAGUUCUCAAGAACAAAGGCUAUGAUGGUGCCACCGCUGAUACUUGGUCAUGUGGAAUAAUAUUGUACGUGAUUCUCACAGGAUAUCUACCAUUUGAUGAUAGAAAUCUAGCAGUUCUAUUCCAAAAGAUCUUCAAGGGUGAAACUCAAAUUCCAAAGUGGUUAUCCCCAGAAGCCAAACACCUUAUAAGGCGGAUUCUCGAUCCCAAUCCCAGUACUCGAAUAACAAUGUCAGAAAUUAAAGAACACGAUUGGUUUAAACAGGACUAUACUCCUGCACAUCCCGAGGAAGACGAUGAUGAUGUCCACAUAGAUGAUGAAGCCUUGUCAAUAAAUGAGCCCCCUGGAGCAGAAAAAGAUCUUAAUUCACCAUCCCAUCGCAUCAAUGCCUUCGAGCUAAUUGGAAUGUCCUCGUGUCUGGAUCUCUCAGGAUUUUUCGAGAAAGAGGAUGUUUCGGAGCGGAAGAUCAGGUUUACAUCAAAUUAUACCCACGAAGAAUUGACCGAGAGGAUCAAGAGUACAGUAUUGCAGAUGGGUUUUAGUGUUCAAAAGAAAAAUGGCAAGCUAAAAGUGACUCAAGAGCAUAAAGGCGGGAAAAACUCGGCUAAUCUAUCAGUUGCAGCAGAGGUUUUUGAAAUCAGCCAUAUGUUAAACGUAGUUGAAUUAAGAAAAUCUUUCGGAGAUGGCAAAGUCUAUAGACAGUUGUGCGAGAAGUUGAUGCAUGAUCAUGGUGUAUCGCGUAGUCAAGAGCUUUUGGCAGCAGAGUUUUGAAGGUGAGGACAGAUGUAGAUACCCAGGACAGCAAUGUUGUAAAUGCCCUCUUGAACUACUUGUACAGAGAACUCCUUUUCCGGUGCCAAUUAUGAAAUGCAAGCUAUAGCGCCUUAUGAACAAA